AGUGGAGUGAAGGCGUAUUUGAAGGGAUAACGAUAGCACGGCGCUGUGAAGGACCACUGUGCAGGGGGGGAAGACACGGCCGCCGCUGCCACAGCUGUGCGUAGAAACACACCGCUCCACCGGAGGGACAGAGCCGCGGCUGAGGCGUAAAUGGACACAGCGUUUCCUAAAAGAACACACUACCCGUGAGACAACCUGUGUACCAGAUGCGUCCUGGAAACAAGGACGCGCGUUUGCCAUAAAUUAGAUCCAUUUAGCACAGCGGAAGUUUGUCACCGAUUUUUGGGGGAUCUUCAUUCAAAGGCAGCGAUGAUGGACGAGGACAACCAAGUACCUGAAGACCUGUCUCUGGAGGAAAGAGAUGAGCUGUCGAAUAUACGACGCAGGAAAAAAGAGCUGUUGGAUGAUAUUGAACGGUUGAAGUUUGAGAUUGCAGAAGUGAUGACUGAAAUCGAGCAACUAACCUGUGUAGGGGAGAGCAAAACCACACAAAGAAACAAACAGAUCGCCAUGGGGAGGAAGAAGUUCAACAUGGACCCGAAAAAGGGGAUCCAAUUUCUCUUGGAGAACGAUCUUCUCCAGAACACCCCAGAAGACAUUGCACAGUUCCUGUACAAAGGCGAAGGGCUUAACAAAACGGUCAUCGGGGACUACUUAGGGGAACGGGAUGACUUCAACAUCAAGGUCCUGCAGGCAUUUGUGGAGCUUCAUGAGUUUGCAGACCUCAACCUUGUACAAGCCUUAAGGCAGUUUCUGUGGAGCUUCAGACUUCCCGGCGAAGCCCAGAAGAUUGAUCGUAUGAUGGAGGCCUUUGCCUCCAGGUACUGCCAGUGCAAUCCUGGAGUCUUCCAGUCCACAGACACCUGCUACGUCCUAUCAUUUGCUAUCAUUAUGCUGAACACCAGCCUGCACAAUCCCAACGUCAGAGACAAGCCCCCCGUGGAGCGCUUCAUCUCCAUGAACAGAGGGAUCAAUGAGGGGGGAGAUCUCCCAGAAGAGCUACUCAGGAAUCUAUACGACAGCAUCAAAAGCGAACCGUUCAAGAUCCCGGAGGAUGAUGGGAAUGACCUGACGCAUACGUUUUUCAACCCAGACAGAGAAGGCUGGCUGCUCAAAUUAGGGGGCCGAGUGAAAACCUGGAAGAGAAGAUGGUUCAUCCUGACUGACAACUGCCUCUAUUACUUUGAAUACACAACGGACAAGGAGCCUCGAGGGAUCAUCCCACUGGAGAAUCUCAGCAUCAGGGAGGUGGAGGAGCCCAGGAAGCCUAAUUGUUUUGAACUCUACAACCCCAAUCACAAAGGCCAGGUGAUCAAAGCUUGCAAGACAGAGGCAGAUGGACGUGUUGUUGAAGGCAAUCACGUGGUGUACAGGAUAUCAGCGCCCACGCCAGAGGAGAAGGAGGAGUGGAUUAAAUCCAUCAAGGCCAGCAUCAGCAGAGACCCCUUCUAUGACAUGCUGGCCACCAGGAAAAGACGAAUUGCCAACAAGAAGUGAAGACAGACAAUCUCCUCUGCGUACAGCCUCCAGCCCCCUCCAUCUUUCUCUCCUUCAGUGCAAAGAACACACAUCAUACAUCUGAAAUCAUCUCGGAAAUGACUUUCAAUCCCAAAACAGACCCAUAAUAUGAAGUUAAACCUCAGUCCCUCCUCUGGACUAUUGAGGAGAUGUCAUAACUACAGAUGGGACUGCAGGACUUCAGGAGUAUCAGACACGUGGACUACAACCUGUACGGAGCAACUCAUGGACAAGCAUUUCAUACACAGCCCCUACCUCCCCUUCUCAUGGUCUUAACAUGUUUCCAGGUCUCCCUAAAGCACAACUGCCAUGUUUCAGGUGCACAUGCAUGCAUGUGGGUUAUUAUAGACCAGUUAUGUUUGUGUUUGUGUGUAUGUGUGUGUGCAGCAGUGGGCAUGCUAUCAGUGCACACAGCAAUUACGGGACGGGUGCAUAGGUGAUACGAUCCACUGUGCUUUAUGAAAAAGGUAAAUAAAUAUCAGAGUCAGCUUCAGAAAAGUAAAGGUGAAUAAAAAUAGCUGUGGAGGGAAUGUAGCAGACGCAGAGAGGAGUUUUAGGGCAGUUUGUAUUAAAACGUACCUGGAUCAUCUCACUCUGGUGCUGAAUUCUUCUCCCCAGGUGCCAUGGCUGAAGCCCUGCUCAGAGUAACCUCAAAAACACAGCACUGGCGUAGAUUUAGGUUCAUUUAGAAAAGCAUUACAGUCUCGAGUCAGCUGGACUGAUUUCAUUUAUUUGUGUGGAGCAGAGAAUUUUAAAAUGUGCAUACUUUUUAUUUUUAGUUAAGUAGAUACAGUGCUCUUGCCAAGGCUGUGAUGAAACUUGCUCUUUGACUUAAAACCACUUUCGUAUGAGAAAGUAUUUUCAGUCUGUUGAAUGGGUUUUAUUUAUGACUUUGCGAUGGCCGGAUAGGGUACCAGUCUGAUUAAGCUCUUAUUUUCCCCCUUUGUCUUUGGCCGAUGUCAGUGAAGGUCGAUGUAUUGUUGUGAUCCUGUUUGCAUUUGGUUUGUAAUCCUGAGAAUGAUUGCUUGCUUUUGUGUUCCUCUUUAAAAUAUCUAUAUAAUAACCAAUUAUCAUUUUGUAUUUAUUUUCCUUUGUGAAAUGGUUUAAUACUACCUGUAAAUGUUAAACAAUGUAUGCUUAAGUUAUGUAUGUAUAUAUAAUGUAUAGGUUUCCGGUCUUUGUUGUAGUAUGCACAUUGUGUGUAACAUGUUUGAGCCUAAUGGCCGAAGUUUGCAUCAGCUGACGUUUGGGGUAUUCUUUACAAAAGCCUUAAACAUAAUCAUACGAAAAUAUAUGAUGAUGAUGAUGAUGAUGAUGAUGAUGAUAAUGAGGAUGAAGAUGAGAUUUUUGGUGUCAAUACAAAGCUGAAAGAUGGUUGUAUUUAUGAUGGUAAAGAUUAUAGAAAAAGGUGUUUGAUGCAACAUUAUAAUGUUAACAGUAAAGUAAUAUCAUUGAUGAUGAUGAUGAUGAUGUCAAAAACUAUAAAGUACACCAGUAGUUUUCUAUGUGAUUUGUAAAAUAAAAUGAACGCCUUGUGGUCAGGGCAGAAUAUUAUCUUCUACUGCCCACUGUGGGCUAUAGUUACCUUAACUUUUAUAUUCUCUGUAAAAGAUAUUGGUCACAUUGUACAUUAUGUGUAUCUACAUAAAGUCUAUAUAAAGCUGA